AUUUUAAUUUUACAUAUAACGUUUCCGUUUUCCUACGCAACGACAUAUUUCCGGGGACUUUUUUCUGACUUUUGAAACAACAGAACGAAUUAACUUUAUACUUUGACAGAAUUUCAGGGUUUUGAAUUUGUUUUGACUUUAUACUUUUAUUGAAAAUAUCUUCUCUGCUUUAACCUCGUUGUCGACUCUCUUCUUAAACUUGUUAUUCAUGAGAACGUCUACAUAUGAUUUAGUUGUUGACUUUUCUUUAAAUUUAUUAACUAAAAAGACCGCAGGGUAGUUUUUGGUAAAUGUUACAUUCUUAAAGGGAAUAUCUCCGAGGACACGGUAACUAGGCAGCGUUUGACAGGAGGUUGCCCUUUGCUAACGUAGCUAGCAAGCUCGAGCUAAACAACGGACACACGGACUCAGCACCGACUGUACACGAUGUGAAAUUGUGGGUGAGUCGAAGAUAACGACUGUCUGUUUCGUUUUUCCUCUCAAGUCCAAUGUGUAAACAGGAUGUGAAAACGGAGACAUUGACCCUUCACUCCCUUUAAGCCGUCAUAACUCAGCUGUUAGCACAGACUCGAACUUACCUCAACAGCAGUCUGUUUGUGCAUUUCUACAGACACCACUGACGCUACAGACCAGAGUUUGCUUUAGCGUGUUUUGGUUGAGAUAGGGAGGUGCAUUACUAGGUAGGUAGGUGACUUUGCUAAUAUGAUGUGUGACUCUUUACAUUUACAAUAACGUUAAACUUUACUGAGCAGCAGGUAAAGGGACAGCUGGCCUUAAACCUCCAGAUCUGGGAUUACAGCUUGUUAUCUGUCCACCACGCUGCUCUCAUACACGCCCACAACGAUUCAACAAAGAGGUACAGGGGACUGAGCUUGUUGUAUGACAUCUGAUUAUCUGAUUUUUGCUUCUCUCCAUGCAGCUGUGCGGUUACAGGGUCCGUGUUGUUGUGACCUUCCACGCCCCCCUCCCCUCAGGUCAGAGCUGAGGGUUGGGGUCAGGUCCUGGACUAAUGUCACGCAGUCCUGGUGAAGAGGGGGGUCUAUCUGAGGCUGCCCCAAACGUCAGAAACCAAGACCUGUUUGACAAUCCUUCACAGAGCUCAGCCACAGGGGGAGAAACUGUGGAACAGGUUAGGGGCAUGUGUGAUUUUGUUGUUACUGGUCUGACUGUGUUGGUUUUUAAGUAGCACUACCCUUUAUGAUCACCAGAUUGCAGAUAGGACUGAAUGAAACUAGAGUCGGUUUGCUGUAAAGUUAAAGUAGGUGGUAACACAAAUUGGUAUGAAGCAAUUUUUAACCAAACAUUAUCAAUCAGUCAAUUAAUCAAGUCUUUAUUUAUAUAGCACUUUUCAUACAUAACGUGUAACACAAAGUGCUUUACACAGAAAAAGGAAUAAAAGAAACAAAGAAUAAUCAAAUCUACCCCAGCCCAACCCCUCAUUCCCACCCCACGCUCUUAAUGCAACAAAAACAGUAUUGAAAUGCAUGAACUUAAAAAAGGCUUGAUUUCAUGGAAAGAAGAAUAUGCGCACUGAGAAAACGUCAUUAUAAAACUCAAGAUAAGGAAACAUUGGAGGUUUAUGUUAAAAUCUAAAAACAAAGAAACAAAGAGUGAAAUUUAAGAAAUAGUAAAUAAAAUGAAAUAAAAACAACAGUAAAAGAUACUAAAAUAAGAGCAGCAAAAUAGCUCAAUAAAGGACGAUCCUGUCAUUAAAACUAGAAUAGAUAAAUGCUAAAACACUUAAACAGAGUUAUGAUAUAAAAUUUAGUUGAAAACAAGACUAUAAAGGUACGUUUUUAGUUUGCUUUUAAAAUCACUAAGAUUAUUAUUAUACCCUCUACUGCUUCAAAAAUCUCUUAAAAACAUUAUCUGCAUUUUUUGUUGUUGUUAUUUAUAAUAACUCUUAAAUGUGGUACUAUGGUUAUGGGUUUUCUAUGUUAAAAUUGAUCUUUCAGCUUAUUAUAGAUUCAAAUUGAGCUUGUGUACUGUAUGUUUUGUUUUUGGUAUUGGUGUCAACUGUUAAAUUCAUCUUUUAUUUACUUUGGAUAUUUUGUGUGGUUUUAUUGUUAGUGUUGAAUUUAACUUGAAGAUUGUGUUGUCAAACUCAGAUUAAGAACAGCUUCUGCUAUGCUUUAAAACAAACAACAAUAGACUUAAAUACAACACUGUACAUUUCCACACAUAUUGGCAUUUAAGAAAUUCAAAAUGUCCAUGUGACCUCUGAGUUAUCAUUUUUAGUGUUCAGUCCCCAUAAAGGGACAUAAAGUCCUUGAUAUUUCUCAUCGGUCAGCGUUUGAUUGAAAUAGAGUUUCAACAUGUCAUCUUCAAUGAAGUUUAUUUUCAGUCUUUGACCAGGCUGAUCUGUGAUUAGGAAAACUCUAAAGGUUUUAAGCAACUGGAUAAAGUUGGACUGAAGUAAACUGAUCCUGUAUAACAAAUCAUGACUCAUUGCACAGUUUCAAGGCUGUGUCAGUAUUAAGAAACGACAUCACAUUAGUUCUAUUGUAGCUGAAAUUCUAGGUUCACUUUCAACAUAUUACUUUAAAAACUCAGUCGAAGACCAUAUUAAUCUAUUUGCUAUCUGGUAAAUCUCAUGAACUGUAAAAUAAGCUCUAAGUUUGUACUCUCGUACCCUCAGGCAUUCAGAGAUAGCUGCUGCAUUCUUCUACAACACUGAAUGACAGGGGGCAUAGUUGACAGUGUGGGCUUUGGGAGAGGGCAUAAUGAAAGUCACAUACUGUCCCUCUUCAGGGUAUACACAUAUGUCUUCAAUUUAUGACACUGCAAGAGUCAUGAAGAGACAAUAAAACCAGCAUGUUCUUGGCAGCUAGAGUCGCUGUGUGCCCACCUGUCAGCUGUAAAGUAAAGCAUGCAUGGACCUGAAUGUAAUAUUGUGAAUCAUUUCCUAAAGAUUUGUUAAAUUUUGGGUGACAUGACUUUCAUCCUGAUAAAGGAUCAGACGUAAUGGAAAAAUGUAUAUCAACUGAAUGCGCAUUGUACUGCAAAUGACAUGGCAACUGGAUAUGAUGUUGGUGUGAUCAUGAAUGUAAAAUGGUUGUUUACAAGCUGAAUGUAAGUGAACCAUUGAAAGACAAGCUGAACGUUCAGUCGAGACAGACAAGAGACAGCUUGUGGAGGACAAAAGAAUACAACAGGGCUUUGUGUCUCUGGCCACAAGGAGGCCUGAUUCUUUCCAGUCACAGUCACAGUCACCUCUCCUUUGUCAGGUACUUCGUAAAACCCAUUAUGCAGGCACAGACUUAGCUCAGACUUCUAUAUUUACUUUCUUUUUUAAAAUGUUUGGUUCAACAGCAGAUUAGUCUCGGAAAACAGUUGUGCAAGUGUGGCGAGCAGGACUUUGAGUUUAUCUUAUCUGAGCAGUGCUGACAUGAAGAAGAAAUAUUGAUCAUAUUGCUGUCAUCAUACUAUUUACCAGGUGUCUCCGGUUGUGGAUGAGACCUCUCCUUGCUCCACUUCCUCUUUUGAGAUGCUGGACAUGGAUCCGGUCCCCGCUCCUUACCAAGAAGUGCAGCCACACUGGUUCUUCUGUCGACGGGCUGAGGAUAGCACCUCCUGGCUCCCUUUUAGCAAAGAGGACUCUGACAAAUUAGAGGAUGCUUUCAACACGGGUAAGUAUACCGCAUGUUUCUAAGAGCCUAAGUCAUGUUCGCACUUUGGAAGCAUCAUUAUGAUUGAAAGUAGGAAUCUGUUAUGUAGGAAUGACAUUUUGUGUUUAAGCAGAUGGGUAUGUGCUGCUCUCUUACUUGUAAAUACCAAAUUUCCACUUCCUAUUGAAGAUAACAUACACCCUAAACCAGGAUGUUUACAUGAAAUGAUAACUGCUAGGCAACAACAUGGUUCUCAGGGUCAGUUAUGAAACUUGAAACUGAAGUAUUUGACUCCUAAUUUAUAUCUCCAUAACAAAUGUGUGACUUAUCAAGGAGCCUGUCCACUUGCUAGCCUAUUGCCUAACCUUAAAUUAAUGCUAUUAUUUUAAGCCAGACAAAGAUUCUCUGUGUGUGUCCAAGGUUUCAGGUUCAUUUAUUAAUACCUAGAGCUAGGUUUGGUUUACAAUGAGUGAGUCAGCUUCAUUUGCACAUGAACAAACUAACAAUAUUGAAUGAAAACAUGACAAACAAAAGUAAUAAUAGGGUAACUUGUGGUAAAAACAAGAUAAAGUAAGCUAAUUUUAGAGGUAGAGUACUGUAAAAACAGAGAAGACAUAAAGAUGUUGUCAAUCAAUAAAAGCAUGGUAAAUAAAAGCAAGUUAAAAACAUUCCAACAGUAAAAACAAGAUAAAACGAUCCAUAAAUAAUCAAUAGAUAGUACAGAAAUAGUUUCUACAGCAUCAGUGUGGUAUCACUGCGGCUUAUUGAUCUCAUGAAUGGCUGCUUGGACAAACUUGUCUUUAUAUCACUUGGUUUUACAGGAAGGUUCUUUAAACCAGAGGGGAGAAGCUGAAACUCACUGUUUUAAUGGGUGGGAGUCAUUGUGUAAGAUGCAGCCAAUCUACUCCUCCGUUACUGACAGAUGUACAGGGAUUCUGGGUUAAGCUGUGACUCUCCAAAUAGCCUGCUGGACCAUUUCCCAAUCUCAUUCAGAUAGUUCCUGUUUUUUAAAGACGAGUUCCCAAAUCAAGACACCAAGCAAAAUGAUAAUACAGAUUCGAUAAAAGUACAAUUAACAAAGUCGUCAAGUUUUUAUCAGUGUGAAAGGAAGACAGUUACCACAGGCGUUACAAUCACCAGUUUCUUUUUUCACACAAAGCCUCGAUUAUUGUUGUGAGAUUCGUAUAUGUGUUCUGAGAUCUUUAUAUGUGUGUUUGUACAUUAGGGAAAAAGGAAGAGGAGGUGGUGGUAGCUGUGGAAGGAGAGCGCUAUGAUGUACAUGUCAAGGAGAGGAGGCGGCAUGCUGUGUAUUGGGAGCAGGCUCCCACUGAAGUUCGGCGCUGCACUUGGUUCUAUAAAGGAGACAAAGACACCAGGUUCUUACCAUAUCCUGAGGACUUCAGCCAACGUCUGGAGGUAGGCCAAGACUAAAGCCUUACCGUCAUACUGCUUAUAAAUACAUCCUAUCAUUUCACCCUCGUCCUUGUAUUUAAUAUUUUUCUGUUACUCUCUCCUUAUCUGUCGGUCUUUGGUACCUUUCCCAUUAAUGCCACAACUUUUUAGGAUGCCUACAUGAUUGCAGUGACCUUAGACGAAUGGAAGAGAAAACUGGAAUUUCCCACUGGAGAGACCGUCAUCCUUCACAAUCCCAAAGUAAAGCCUCUUCUUAAGAAAUCAUUAUGCAAAUGGAAACAUAUAUACACAACAGAGCCACAGAGUGGUGGUGUAUGUCCUUUUAACAAGCUUCUUUUCUGUCAUUCCUCGGUUCCUGUCGUAGCUGAUAAUGCAGUAUCAGCCGAUAGGAUUGCAGGAUGAGUGGGUGUCCUCCCCCUCGGAGCAGACCCGGCCACGAACAGUAAAGAGGGGGGUGGAAAGCAUCUCUGUAGAGAUUCCUGAUGGUAUGUUCCUUUACUGAAAGUAAUAUUUACAUUUACAGGUACAGAUGAAAUGUUUGGGCUCAUAUACCUGCAUGUGUUCCCAGGUGAACCAGAUCAGGUGGACCACCUGGUCUUCAUGGUCCAUGGCAUUGGCCCUGCAUGUGACUUGCGCUUCAGAUCCAUCAUACAGUGUGGUAAGUGAGAGUUUUCAUGUAUAGUUACUACGUAAAAUGUUCAUAAACAAUAUAUUUUCUUUUUGCCUCUCUAGUAAAUGACUUCAGGAGCGCCUCCCUGUCCCUCCUGGCCUCUCAUUAUAAGCGUGCUCAGCAAGAUGGCGUUGUAGGGAGAGUGGAAUUCUUACCAGUCAACUGGCACAGUGCUCUACAUGGGGAUGCCACGGGUGUGGACGAGUGAGUAGGAACAACAGAUUGAGUCCAAAAUAGAGUUCCCUUGCUGUGCUUUGUUACAAACACUGUCCUCCCUGCAUUUGUUUCUCCCUUUUUUUAUCACUAUCAGGGACAUCCAGAGGAUUACUCUACCAAGCAUCAGCAGGCUGAGACAUUUCACCAACGACACUCUGCUGGACCUCUUUUUCUAUAACAGCCCCACUUACUGCCAGACCAUAGUGGACACAGUGGCCUCAGAGAUCAAUAAGCUUCACACCCUCUUCAAACAGAGACACCCAGAGUUCAGUGGGGCAGUUUCUGUUGUGGGCCACAGCCUGGGUAGGAUAUGCACAGACAGAAGAGCAUGAAAGUAAAACAAAGUCAUUGAAAGGCUAAAUUUUAAUGCUUUUGUUCUCUAGGUUCCUUGAUCCUGUUUGAUCUGCUGACCAAUCAGAGAACUGAAUCAGAAAUCAACAAGGGGGUAUGGUGGUUUCUUAUUAGAAGACAAUAUAUACUUUUCUGUACAGGUAAAAGAGGGAGGACAUCCCCCUAAAUGUAAAUAUAUUAAGGCCAAUUCUCUCUCUGUCCUUCCAUGUGCUUCAGAUGUCCUCUGAUGAGCCCUUCCAUCCUAACUGUGUCACACUGGAACAGAUUCUCACCAGACUGAACCUCCAGCAGUACCUCAAUACACUACAGGCGGAAAACUUAGACCUGGAUUCCCUGGUAGCAUAAGCGCACACACACACUCUCUCUCACACACACGCACAAAUUAAAUGCCAGUCAAGUAAAAUAUGAAGUUAAAAUAAUUGAUUUUCCUCCUGCAGGCCCUUUGCCAAGACAGUGAUCUCAAAGAUUUAGGGAUUCCUCUUGGACCCCGCAAGAAGAUCCUGAACUAUGUCAAGAGGAAAUGGCUUCCAGAGGUCAGACAUAACACCUGAAACCUCUUUAAUUUGCUGUUUGAUCAAUCUACAAUUAGUAGGGCUGUUUUGUUCUUAGCAUUGACAUACCUGAUUUAAUCACUGAUAUAAAAUGUAUUUCUAAUGCUGGCAGUAAGUUUUCAUGAGUGUUCUUAAGUUUAAAAAUGGGAUGGAGCUAUUUCAAGAAAGUGCAACACAGGCUGAUUUAAUUUGUGAUCAGUUUUCUUGUGCUUAGGAUCCCUUUAAAUGUUUUGAAACAUAAGUAUUUACAGAGUUUCAGAAGUAAUUCACUUAUGUUUUAAUUCCCCUGAUCUCAACAGGAUUGCAGGACAGGGGCAGUUCGUUUGGCACCUGGGCUGCAAAAUCCACCUCCAGGGCCCAGUGGUCCUGAUGGUGACCAGCCUUCAGGAGUGACAGCGCAGCAGUCCCAGUUCCACAGGGCACAGUCCAUCACCAGUGCAGUAGACUACGAAUACUUUGACAUGGGCAUUGGACAGGUACUGUGCUUGGACACGCAUAAAAACUCUAGCUUGAGAAUUCGUGUAGCUAAAAGCUUUGAUGCAUCACCUUCCUGCUUCUCUCCCCCCUCGCUUGCCUGGACAGACCAAUGGAGGCAUAGCCAAGGGACAGGUGUGUCUCAUAUGGUGUCCCCAUACUCUCUGGCUUUGUCCUUAUCUCAACAUACCAGAAGUUUUUCUUAAGAACAGUCCAGGCUGGUCAGGCACCACCUAAAGGGGACUCCUUUUAAGGCGAUUAUUUUAAUGCACAUUCCUACAUAAGUACCAUGGUAGAGACUUCCAUCGUAUCCCAUCAAAUCGCACAACCCAGCACCACACUCCUCUGUGCUCAUUCAAUCCUGCAUGAGUGGUCAGCUCCCUCCUGCUGUCAUACUCCCUGGCUGUUGCCUCAUUUCUUAAAAUGUAGUUUUUCAUGUUUCUUAUUCACCGGAGAAGUCUGAUUAUCUUUGACGCCCUCAAAAAUACGGAGUGUAAAGGCAUGACUAUUUUUCAAUUGAGUGUUCUGUUCCUGCCCUUUUUCUCCACAGGUUUCCAUAGAUUACCCACAGCUGGCUUUCCAACCUCAGACAUUUUUUGCUUUUGGUUCUCCUAUUGGGAUGUUCCUGACAGUCCGGGGGUUGAAACACAUCGAUCCCAACUACACCUUCCCCACCUGCAAAAGCUUUUACAACAUCUACCACCCAGUGAGUGCUCACAUAUUAACCACAUCUGACAUGCCGGCUCACAUCUGGCAAUCAUCCUAAAAAGGGGGUAGCAGAGACUUUCCUUUGCUACAGUCAGAAUUUUCUGACUGUAGUCUGUAAAUUUGAGGCAAUAAAAGGUCAGACAUGAAUGUUUUAAUAUAAGUCAAUACAGCAAGAUUUCUGGCGAUCAAUAAACAUAUAUACAUUAAAAAAAACAUAGUCAUAAAUGUUGAAACAGGUUCCCUACAAUAAUCUUGACUCCUUCAUUGAAUGAAUAGUACGACCCUGUGGCCUAUCGGAUAGAGCCCAUGAUUGUGAGAGAUGUGGACCUGGAGCCCAUGCUGAUCCCUCACCAUAAAGGUCGCAAGAGGAUGCAUCUGGGUACGGCUUGAUGUAUUAUUGUUCAACUUUAACUGUGCGUUUGCUUUUCUUUGAUUGGCUUAAUGACCUCUUCUUUCUCUGUUUGCUGAAUAGAACUCAAAGAUAGCUUGACCCGUAUGAGCAUGGAUUUGAAAAACAAUGUUUUGGGGUCGCUUCGGACGGCAUGGCAGUCCUUCGCCAGAUUACCAGUUGCUGCGCUGCCCCCAGUAGAAGAAGGAGAAACUUCAAUGGAGAGAGAUCUUCAAGAAACACGCGGUAGAAAAAGCACUUUGGUUUACCUUUGUGUAUUUGUACUUUGUGUGAAAGUGCAGAAGGGUGUGUAUAACCCAGUGUGUUCAUACUCCUCUCUUUCUUCUCUGCAUGCUGCCACUCUUCCCUUCUUCUUCUUCUCUUUAUGUUUUUUGCUCCUGCCUCCUCAAACCCUUACCCUUUUACCUUAAACCUCAGCCUCAGCAGCACUCGCCGCUUCUGCUAAAACGGAAGAGAAAAGUGCUGAUUUUUGGACUAAAAUACUGGAGUGGCCCAGGGCCCUUCAUAAGCAUUACUUUCAAGGUAAGCCAGGAUAGCCACUCGUUCAGAGUAAGUGAGAAAAAGACAGUGAAUUAAUUUCUUUCUCAUCUCACUAGAUCAGAAGCCCUGCGUUUGGGUUUUCUCUGUGAACUUGCCUAUCAGUAAAAGCCUAUCGGAAGUUAUUUAAUUCAACCUGUUCAUGUAACUUGGAAGAUCCAAAUUUGAGAAAGAAUUAUGGUUAGAGGCAAAAUUUGAUCCAUUCUCCUUUUCUAAUAAAAAAAAAUGGAACUCUAUUUCUGUGGCUUACUUUGGCAAGUUUGUGUCCUCACAAAGAGUAAGUGUUAUAUAAUGUCUUACAUUAUGGCUGCAGGCUUUCACUACUCCUCUGCUCCUCCUCCCCCCCCCACCUGCACUAACCCCUCUGUACAUCUGCACUUCAACUAAACAUUCAAUGAACUGACACUUCCCUCAGGCCCUGCCCACCCCUUGCUGUCUGUCAGUUGUGAUUGGCUGAUUUUGUUAACCACUUCACUGACUGUCAAGCUUAGAAAAACAAGAGUAACUGCUGUUAUGACACUCUCCCAGGUGCUUAACAAACAAGCAUAGUAGUGACUGCAUUUGUUUUCUUUUAAUCAGGAUUAGUUUUUUGGACCUCAACCAGCAUGUUGUGUCAUUUAUCAGUAGCAGAUCACUUACAGUAGCUGCAUGCAAGUACAUGUCCUGCCCUGUCCUGUCUGCAGCUUAUCUGUUAAUUAGAUGGAUCAAAAGAAAUAAAGCUGCUUUGAGGACAGACUGUACGUUUCAAUUAUAAAAAACAUUUCUGUCUUCACUCUCACUACCAGUUUAAGAUGAGUCAUAACUUUUUAAUAACAUCCCUGAAAACCCAGAUUUGUUGUAUCAAGCAUAGAGGUGCAAGAUCCAACAUAUGUAGUAGAUUAUUUACAAGAUAUUUGCUUUAUCACACGGAAUAUAAAUCAGCAUGAGGGUGGAUUUGUUGGGAUAGUUCUUGGAAGUGUAUGAGCCUAGAACUUCCUGUGAACAAAAUCAUGAUAAAUCAGCAGUUUGACUUGAAAUCACAACCAACAUUACAGCCACUUACAUUCAAUUGUUUUUUUUCUCACUAUACAAGACAAUAACAAAGCAUUAAUCCCUGUGGAAAAAGUCUGUAAACUUAAUGAUUGGUUACACACUUGUCUGUUCUCUCCACAGUAACGACUGUGUUUUUUCCCUGUGUGUUAAUUCUGUUUUUAAUUUACCAAAACAGUUUGUUAUGUUUACGACUGUUAUUGUUAUUUUUGUCAUCGUUUACCUGCCUGUACAUCUUCAUCUUUCUUUACUUACAUUCUAGCACCAGUGUGUGAGGAGGCAGAGUCCUCGUUGUCGGCAGAGCAGGCAGAGCAGCCUGAGAUCAAAGUGGGGAUGUUGAAUGGGGGACGAAGGAUCGACUUUGUACUUCAGGAAAAACCCAUUGAGAGUUUCAAUGAGUACCUGUUUGCCAUCCAGUCUCAUCUGUGUUAUUGGUGAGUCAUGCAUAUCUGUAGAGGGGUUGUCCUACAGCACUUAAGUACUUUUGUGUUUUAUGUGACUGAUACCCUGUCUCUUUAAAUUACUUUGCGCAUUUGUUUUGCCUCUCCAGUUUUCCUCCAAUUAAUUAGGUUGUUAUAUUUUGUUUUUCCACAAGGGAAUCUGAGGAUACAGCUCUCUUACUGCUGAAGGAAAUCUACGACAAACACGGUGUGGUCUUUGAACAGCAACAACAGUAAUGAAAUGCUUUGACUGUGGACUCGGUUUAAAACAUGACAGUGACCUGAAAGUCGUCAAAUAAAGGAGAACUGACAGCCCGAGGCUGCACAGUCCUCUUCCAGAAUGCCUUAUCAUACGGGUGUUACUGUUGCUGACUGUCCCGCCCUCCACUCACCUCACAAUUGAAACUGUUUGGCUGCAGUCAGGUGAUCUUGGUUCAAAUAUGUCAGUCAACCAGAAAGUUUUGCGAUGAAAGUGGCUUCUUGGUUCUGCUCAAACAUUGCGUCAGAUUUACCCAAACCUCACUGUUAUACUUCUUUUGGCACUUUUUUUUUUUUCAGUCAUCUUUAUUUUACUUUGCACUUUUUGCACAAACUCUUGCUGAAAAUUAUGCAUAUAGCUGCCGAUCAGUUAUGUUAGAUUAUCAUAAUCAGGAGGAAAGAAACACUGUAAUUGUUUAAAAAGGUAUAAUGUCGGAUAAAGUAUAAUAUUAUCAUAUCAGGUUACAUCAUGUUAAUGGAAAUAUAACUCAGCCAGCAUUUUACAAAAAGAAUAUAUUUAAAAGUACUAGAAUAAAACUUCAUUAGUAUCUUAUAUUGUAUCGAACUUAGUAUAAAUAAAUCUAAAAAUAUGUAUUUAGCAGGACAUGCUCAUGAAACCUGGUAAACUUUGAACCAAAUGAGUUCCUCUGCAGCCUAAAAAUAGAUUUACCUCAAACAACAAAGUCAGAUGGUUUAUUAGUUUUACCGUGAAAUGUUUACUCUCUCAUCAGGGAAAUGAAGGAUGAUGUUCUGUGUUAUGAGUCCUCCUGGCAGCUAUGUGACAUUACUGACAACGUUUAGGCCACUUUAAAGCCAACAUGUCUACUCCUACAUUUGUGCAAUGCAUCAUAGAUGUCAUUGUCACCCCAUUUUUUUCAUUCAACAGGUGUAGUAUUUUCCUGUACUGACAUAAUCAUUCGAAGACAAGUUUAUAUGAUACAUGCUGCAAGCUAUUCUAAUGAAGGGUUUUGACACAAAUGAAGUAAAGAAAUUUCAUUACUCAUAAUGACAAGCUGGUUGUGUGCAUGUGUGUAUUGCCGUAUGUUUGCCAGUACAGUAUGUACUCAAUGCAGAGUGCUAUACAGAACGAUAAGUUCAACUUCCUCUCCCUGAGGUCCAUGCCACUCCCUUAUACCAUCUUAUUCUCCCUGCUUUUUUUUUCUAAGUUUUGUCAAAAUGAAUCCUACAGCAACUCCAAACAGCAUUUUCUUCUUUAUCUUCAGAGAUGGUUUAUUCCAGAAAUGGCUUAUCCUAUCAUGGAUAGAUUCCCAUAAAACAGCUCUACUUUUACACAAUGAAAGGGCCAAAUAGUUCAUGUUUUUUCUUUUGUCCUUUUGCAGGACGUGGUGACUGUUUUUUUUUUUUUUUCUGUAUUGCAUGCCAUUCUUUGCAAAGCUCCUCAACACUUUCUGUCUCAGAUCCCAUUCAUGGCCAAAAAUGUCCAGUUUUUAUUGAACUAGUGUGUGGAGAGUUGAGGCAUUGAAAUCAUAUGAAUUUAGUAUUGAGCACAUGGCCAAUGGAUUAGUAGGACUUUAUGUUUCAAAGCAAAUCUGUCUAUUUGUAUAGAAAAUAUAAAAAAUAUCAAAAUAAUCUUCUAACUCCUAACCGUAAUUAAUCUUCAGUUUUGUAUCAACAACCAGACUAUGUGGUUGAGAGACUUUAUGCUAGAGUGGUUUCAUUUUAGAUAUGAUCAAUAUGUUAUGCACUGUCUGGGCACCUCAGCCAUCACUACAGCUUUAAAUGACCAAUUUCUGAAUGAUCUGCCUCUCAACCCUCUGGGUAAAACAUUCAUGCAAGUUUUUUCUCCAUCAAGAAAUGCACUGAAUACUUAGUUGUCAUAAUAGUGAUUCCUUUAACCUCACCACUAUCACGUGUUAUGACAAUUUUUUUUAUGUGUCCAAACAGCAACACGUGACUCUAUGAUCCCUGACUCCACUUCCUCAGCAUAAUAUAAACACACUUUCGCACACGAUAAUAAAACGUUACCAAAUACACAAUUGUUAUCCUCUCUCAUUGAAUAACCUAUGAGUAUGGUUACAUGAUGUGUGCCAUAAUAAAACAUUAUAAACUUGCUUUGUUA